AUGGACGACCAAGCUCAGACCAGCGCGAGCAGCGCUGUCUCCCCGCCAGCCUUACCUUCCACCACAGAAGAACCGUUCUUCCCAAAUUGCUUCACACCAUACCCCGCCAUCCCACCCAUCUUCCAAAACCCGUUCGACAACUGCUACCGCCCAGAGCGAGUUCCCUCGAUCAUGAAAUACGCCGCUCCGGGGCGCAUCCACCAACCAUCUCCUCCAAAGCGCGACAAGCUCAUGAGAGCAACCUUCUCUGUCCCGCAACUAUAUCCCUGGGAAGAACACCCCCUCGAGCUUCCGAGCAUAGAAGAACUCCACGGUUUGGUCCUCGUGACGUGUUGUUUACACCUAGGGCCUUGCUUGCUCCAACCGCCGGGCUUCCGCCUACCGCCGGAUUUCGUCCUACCUGUGGGAUUCCCUCUCCCGAGCACGAACAGGGUUGAGAGCGGGAGCGUGUCCGCCUUGUCCAAAGAAGCGGAGGAACGCUUACGUGUCCUUCGUGCGGAAGUCGACCACAAAGCGUCGCAAAUGCAGGCGGGCGUUGCACCGGACCAAUUAGCAGCUGCGUUGCAGCAGGCGUUCGACUCUGACCCGGACGGGAAACGUUCCGUGUACCGUCGUCGUCGUCGACACGCUCUAGAGUCCAGGCCACGAAAAGCGAAAAAGGAGAAGUUGCGGGAUCCUUACAGUGACACGGGGUCAGAGCAGCGAGAAGAGACUCCGGCUUCGCUCGCUGAAGGUAGUUCACUACCGCCCGUUCAGUCAGGCGCGGCAACGCCAGAGCAGGUCGAAGGCCAGUUGUCGCGAGAUGCGCUACUCGAGCUCGGCCGCUACAGCGUUACUGGGAAGGAAGCCUCGAAGGGGGUUGAAGACCGCGCGUACGAGCGCCUCAGAGCGGAUAUUCCAGCGGACUUGGAAGGUAUUCUACUGAAGCCAAGGCGGGGACGGAGGGAGACGGGGACGAAAGAAGUGACCUGGUGGGACCAAGUCCAGGCCCCGGCCGAGCCUGAAGGCGCAGGUGCGGCGCAGGCGGAGGCCGAAAAGGAUUUGCUUGAUAUGGAGCGGUACUGAUUUAGGACUGGUCUGGUGGACAUUUAGGAACUUGCUUGUUUGGGGGCUAUUUAUUAAUAAGACAAUCUCAAGAAAUUAUCGUGCGAUCCAGCUUCUUCAUCGAGCCCGUGAGCUCUUGGAUAUUUGGGGCAGCUUGAACCAUGGACAAGCAUUGGCGACUAUCGAAUUCACUAAUCAACCC